AUGGCUGCCGCACGCCGCCUCCUCUUCGAUCACAUGAGCCGACCACCGGUGCGUCGCUUUGUGCGCGCUGCCGCUGCUGCUGCGGGGGCGACGCCUACUCCGCUGGACACCGCACCGACUGCGACGCUGUUGCAGCUGUACAGCAACGCCCUUCACGCGGCCCAUGACGGGCAGACGGCCGGGUUGGAGAAGGAGGUGCGGGAGGGUAGGCGGGAGCUGGCAGCCGCCGAGCAGCAGCUGCGUGAGUUGGAGGGCCAGCACGAGCUGGAGGCGGCGGAGGUGGAACUGCGGAUUGGACGCAUGCGGGAGAUGGUGCACCACAAGCUGAUGUCUGAUGAGGCGACGGAGCAGCAGACGCGAGAGGCGGAGGCGGCGAUGGAGGCACACCUGUCGCAGCUCCACGCGUACGCCGCGGAGAGGGCGGAUAUGAUGCGCCAUGUGCAGGAGUUGCGCCGGCUGAUUCGCAAGAAGCUGCGUGGAUAG